AUGGGCCGCCUGAACAGCGACGACCGCGCCGACGCCGCCUCGUCGCACUCACUGCAUUCUAUCGCCGAUGAGGAUGACCUGCCCCCUCCGUAUACCGACGAACCUGAUCUCGACUCCGACCUUACGUCUGGACCGGUCCCCGGAAUUGUUUCCUCUCGAGCCAGUGUGCCGUUCCGACCCCUUCGCAUCAUUGACUCCGCCUAUGCAAUUCCGGGGUCAAGGGGAGUUCACUCGCACGAUGCUCGCGUGGUGAGCCUGGCGCCAGAACUGUCGACCAAUGCAGAUGAGCUCUUCCAUCUUAUGCGGCGGCAAUUAAAACUGCCGGUGCGGCCCAUGCUGCUGAUUCGGGGCUCGCACACCGACUCCUCCCACGAUGGCAAGGAAAAGAAGACGAACACUGUGAUCGACUUUGAGUUCCGGCUGGACCUGGCGGAGACCAUGUUGACAGGAUGGGAAGGGCACCCGAUAUCUCUCAAUUGGAUGGAGGUAAACAUGAUAAAAGACAACGAUGGGGCCCUUGCAUUCCGCGGUGGAAUUAUGCGGUCGCACACCUACAAACCGCCCAAGACUCGUCGAGGCUGUGAUCGGCCUACGGAUAGCGAUGCCACGCUCCUGGGGCCGGACAUCGAGGCAGGCCACGACCUUGAUGAGCAAGCUGAGCAAUCCGAACAACCCGUUAUCACCGAGCCCAGCCUCAGUGACACUCUCAAGGUCUGGUGCGAGCGAUACUGCCUCGACCCAUCACCCGUAAAAUCGUUCACUAUCCAUCGCGAGCUGAGAGGGUUUGACAAUAUGAUCAUGCGCAACAUCCUCGAUUCACACAUUCGCGAGUUGAAUUACCGUGGCACGAUUCAACAGUGGUUUUCUCCCGCACACAAGACCGUCACGAUCUACUCUCCCCAUUGGAUCAAUCGGCUUCGAAUGAAUCGAUUCGUCUGGUGGAUGGUGGUUCUCCUUCAAUUGUGGAUCAUCACGUGGCCGAUCAUCUGGCUCAUGGAGAAACGAUACGAGGUUGCGUCCACCCGCUGGAACGCGAGUCUGGAUCCUCAGGUUGGCAACGGACUCGUCAAUUGUUACGCACAGAACCGCAACGAAUCCGCCUUGGCCGAGUGGUGGGCGCCCGCCGUCAAGCAGGCGGCCUGGACUCGUCGAUCCGGCGACAGCAACCUGUUGACAAGGCUGGACGCUGAGCGCGUACAGGGGAUGACCACGGAGCAAUUGAUCAAUUUCCGACCCCGAGAGACUGAUGCUGAACUAGAGCGGCGCCAGCGGGUCGCCAGAGGUGAGGGUGGCUUUGUCGACAACCUGGUCGGACUGGCUCGUGGGAUCAGCGAGGUCGGACAGGAUUGGAGGUUCACUACCGGAUGGGGUGCCAAUUCAUGA